AUGGAUGCAAAAAUACAGAGACUUGGUAAUAUUGCUAUAGAUGAAGAACAUAGGAGAAAGGAAUUUUCACUAGCUUGGCAGGUGAUGUUCAGACUCUUCAAGGAACAACCUGGAGAACUUCUGUUUGCCUUCUCCCAGUCAUGGGACAUCACUUCCAUGUCAGAUGGGACCAACAGCAGCUCUUCAAGAGAUCAGGGCCUCUCCACGCACAAGGUUUUCUCAAAUACUGAUGAAGCCCUUAUUAACAAAAAACUACCCAAAGAACUUCUGUUAAGAAUAUUUUCUUUCUUGGACAUAGUUACUUUGUGUCGAUGUGCACAAGUUUCCAAGGCAUGGAAUGUUUUAGCUCUGGAUGGAAGCAAUUGGCAAAGAAUAGACCUCUUUAACUUUCAAACGGAUAUAGAGGGUCGUGUUGUGGAAAAUAUAUCGAAAAGGUGUGGUGGGUUCCUGAGACAACUUAGUCUGAGAGGAUGUCUUGGUGUUGGAGACUCCUCUUUAAAGACCUUUGCACAGAACUGUAGAAAUAUCGAACACUUAAAUCUAAAUGGGUGCACAAAAAUCACUGACAGCACGUGUUACAGUCUUAGCAGAUUCUGUUCCAAGCUGAAACAUCUGGAUCUGACAUCUUGCGUAGCCAUCACAAACAGCUCUCUGAAAGGCUUAAGUGAGGGUUGCAGAAAUCUGGAACAUUUGAAUCUUUCCUGGUGUGAUCAGGUUACGAAGGAUGGUAUUGAAGCACUGGUGAAAGGGUGUAGUGGACUAAAAGCUCUAUUUCUUAGAGGUUGCACACAGUUAGAAGAUGAAGCAUUGAAACACAUUCAAAAUCACUGUCAUGAACUUGUAAUCCUGAAUUUGCAAUCCUGUACACAAAUUUCAGAUGAAGGCAUUGUAAAAAUCUGUAGAGGAUGUCAUCGACUUCAGUCGCUCUGUGUUUCAGGCUGUAGCAACCUUACAGAUGCUUCUCUCACAGCACUUGGUCUAAACUGUCCAAGGCUGAAGAUUUUGGAAGCUGCAAGAUGUUCACAUCUUACAGAUGCUGGUUUUACCCUUCUAGCACGGAAUUGCCACGAGCUGGAGAAGAUGGACUUGGAAGAAUGUGUUUUGAUAACUGACAGCACAUUGAUACAACUUUCUAUACACUGUCCUAAGCUACAAGCAUUGAGCUUAUCUCACUGUGAAUUGAUCACUGAUGAUGGGAUUCUUCAUCUGAGCAACAGUACGUGUGGUCACGAGAGGCUGCAGGUCCUGGAGCUUGAUAACUGUCUUCUCAUCACUGACGUGACUCUGGAACACCUGGAGAACUGCCACAACUUGGAGAGAAUUGAGCUGUAUGACUGUCAGCAAGUCACACGAGCUGGAAUCAAACGAAUCAGAGCUCACCUACCUCACGUGAAAGUUCAUGCUUACUUUGCUCCAGUAACUCCCCCUCCUUCGGUAGGAGGGAGCGGACAGCGCCUCUGCAGAUGCUGUAUUAUUCUUUGACAGUAAGUGCAACCACGCAAAGUUUGUUGUUGUUGUUGAAGAAAAGAAUGGGACUGCAAGUCAGUGGAAGGAAUUGGUUUCCUGACAGUCCUGAUGGUGGUGUUUGGUCAUCCAGUUUUGUGACAAGAAAAGCAUUUUUUUCCAGGUAAAAAUCUUAACGUAAUGUGCAGCUGUGGAUUAAGUUGGUGAUGCUUCGGUUUGUAUUAGUAACUCCUUCCUUCUGUUGGCAUGAGAACUGAAGUACCGUGUAAAAUGUGGGGGCAUUUCAGCUAGCAGCUACUUGGUGAAAGUUCACUAAACGUGGAAGUUAAUUUGCAUUUGUAAGCACGAUUCAGUGUGAAGUUCUAACGUAACGUGGGGCUUGAGUCCGACACACCAAGGAACUGAACCUGCUGUUCUGUAAUAUACACGAGAGAUUAAAUACCAGGUUUAAGGACAAAUCGGCUUUAGCAGAUGUUGACCAAAAAAUGCAAGGUAAUCAUGAGCUCUUAGAGCAAAACAGCUUAUACUUUUUCAUGAUUCAGCUUCAUAUUUAAUUAUGUAACAGGACAUAAUAGGUAAUGUCAAAAGGUAAGAUAGUACCUCAAGUUAACUAUAUAAAUAGAAACACGAGUUUUCAAGUUUUUGAACUUGGUUCAGUUGAACUAUGUAUUAGUAUAAAGCUUGCCUGUCACUGAAGCACGUUUUAUGCCUAAUGCCAUCGGCCUUUAAAAGGGGUAAGAAAUCCACUCUGGUAGAGCGUGUGCACUCUACUGCAAUUGGCUGCCACACUCGUGUGUGGUGCUUACUAUAAUGCCAUUCCUCUGUGUCCUCAGUUACCUCCUCAGUUUGUAAGGAAAGGGAUGCAGCGGCUCUAGGAAGAGGGGUGUAUUCUUCAUGCUUUUCUACAGACGAAGAAUGGAAACCAGGUUCAGUUACAGGAACUGUGAUGGAGCGAGGAAUUCAGUUCAAGCUGUUUGUCCCACCCGUUUUAGGGACACAGCAAGCAGCUGGGCAAAUAAAUCUGCAGGCAGGAGUUGAACCAAACCAAACCUGUGGUUUUCAAAUGUAGAAAGCCAAACUCUUCACAUUUGGGUUAUUUAAGAAGCUGUCAACUUCUGAGUGAUGAUAAUAAUAAUAAUAAAAUCUAUGUAUUAACUCUUCAGGCCAUGCUUUCAUCCUUAGUUUUUCAGUGCUAUAGAGGGUUAGAUAAAUAAACUUUUUUAUGUUAAGCAACUUAAUUAUCUGAGAUAAACUACUCAACAGUUCAGAAAGCUUUUUUGUGUAAGAGUGAUUGUGUGUGUGUGUGUGUAUGUUUUAAGAGUUCAGGGCCUGUGUGUUUACUGAAAACUAAUAGAAAUACUGGCUUAAAAAGCAGUUGGAGAAGCUGCUAUGGGAUAGUACUGCAAUUUCCCCUCAAAAUUUUAAGCUACUUUUUAAGAGGAGUGUGAACAUUAGAAGAGAGACUUUUAUGGAC